AUGGUUCGUGUUGAGGACAUGGUUUUCGAGAUCGUGGAAGACUCUUUGAUUGUGAUGAAGGGCGUUAGGAUGAAUAACAUGUACUAUUUAAUUGGAAGUUCAGUGACAGGUAGAGAGUUGGCGACUUCUGUUGAUUCGACUAGACUGCGACAUUUGGAGCUUAGUCAUUCCAGUAUUGAUUUGGAGAUGGGUGCACAGACCUACAAUUUGAAGUCCAGUGAACACUUUGAUGUGAGCAAGAAGACCCCUCCUGAUGAUCCGAUCAAGUGUGUGUCAGGCUUGGUCGACUGCACGGUGACCAACUCCUACGGAGCGUUCUCUGACCAAGCCACGUGCCGCGCAAGCGCAGCAGUCUAUCCAACCUCAGAAAAUGAGCUCAUCAACAUCGUUGCAAGCGCCACAAAAGCCAAUAGGAAGAUGAAGGUGGCAACUCGAUAUGGGCACAGCAGACCGAAUCUUGUGUGUCUCAAGGGCAACGAUGGGCUAUUAAUCAGCACCAAGUCGCUCAAUAAGGUCAUCAGCGUUAACAAAACGUCGAUGACGAUGACUUUUCAGAGCGGGAUUUUGCUUAGAGAUUUGAUCGAUGAAGCGGCGAAGGUUGGCAUGGCGUUGCCCUAUGGGCCGUAUUGGUGGGGGGUGACGUUGGGUGGAAUGCUGGGGACCGGAGCGCAUGGGAGUUCGAUAUGGGGAAAGGGUGGUGCAGUUCAUGAAAACGUCGUUGGUCUGAGGAUCAUCACGCCGGCAGAAGCCCGCGAGGGUUAUGCUAAGGUCAGGGUGUUGGAUGAAGGGCACCCGGAUUUGGAUGCAGCAAAGGUUCAUUUGGGAGUGCUUGGAGUUAUUUCUCAAGUAAGUUUGGACUUUAUGUUCCCAUAA